GUGUUGGGGCACAGUUCUUGCACAUCAAGAGAGAAGAGGAGAGAGCUAGAGCUGUCAAACGCUUGAGUUAUCGGAGGCGAACAACUAUUGCAUUUGGCUGGUUAGACAACACAACCACCUUAAACAAAGUUACUCGUUAACUUUUUUAAGAAACUGUUUGGAUGUACGUUUUAAAACUGUGUAUCUGAAACUUCUCGUUUGUUAGCUAGCUAGUACGACUCGAGCUCGACCAGCUAGCUAAUUGGGUAGCUGACUGCUGGCUUUGUUGACAAACUUAGCCAGCUAUUGCUAACGUUGUUAGCUUAGCUGAGUUGAUAUGACAUGGUGGAACCGAGUUUGAACUGUCAAGUUUUUGACACCGUCCUUCUUGUUGCUGAACAGUCCGCCAUCACGUUAUCUUGAUGACCAACAGGCAGGUCAGCCUCAACUUGACGAGCGCCUAUCGACCAUGUGAGAUCUUCGACCUCCGGAAGUCGCCCACACAGUUCCUCUUCUUCGCCGUCGUCCAGAGGAAGACGAGGGCGGUGCUGCUGCCAUGGACAGGAAGCGAAACUCCAUUUCCGGCGUUCCCAUGAGGCCAGAGCGUCAGCUGGAGGAGCGGGACGGCGGUGGCGUGGGCGAGACCACACCCCUGGCCUCUCAGGUGGGCAGGGUGUGCCCGUCCUCCUACCGCGCCCUCAUCAGUGCCUUCUCCUGCCUGACGCGCCUCGACGAUUUCGUCUGCGAGUGGAUCGGCUCCGGUUUCUUCUCCGAGGUUUACAAGGUGCGGCAUCGGGCAUCGGGCCAGGUGAUGGCUCUGAAGAUGAACAAGCUGAGCAGCAACAGAGCCAACAUGCUGCGGGAGGUGCAGCUGAUGAACCGCCUCUGCCACCCCAACAUCCUCAGGUUCAUGGGGGUGUGUGUUCAGGAAGGCCAGCUCCACGCUCUGACUGAGUACAUCAAUGGAGGUAACCUGGAACAGCUGCUGGACAGCAACAAGCAGCUAAGCUGGGCCACACGCGUCAAACUGGCCCUUGAGGUCGCCAUGGGCCUCGCCUACCUGCACUCCAAAGGCAUCUUCCACAGAGACCUCACCUCCAAGAACUGCCUGAUCAAGUGUGAUGAGCACGGAUACACAGCUGUGGUGGGGGACUUUGGCCUGGCUGAGAAGAUCCCCAACCAUGAUGCUAAGGGAGAGAAGCUGGCCGUGGUGGGCUCUCCAUACUGGAUGGCCCCCGAGGUGCUGAGAGAUGAACCCUACAAUGAGACGGCGGACGUCUUCUCCUAUGGCAUUGUCCUGUGUGAGAUCAUCGCUAGGAUACAGGCCGACCCUGAUUACCUUCCUCGUACCGAGAACUUUGGUCUGGACUACCACGCCUUCCAGCACAUGGUGGGAGACUGCCCUGCCGACUUCCUCCAGCUGGCCUUCAACUGCUGUAACAUGGACCCCCAGCUGCGUCCGUCCUUCCUGGAGCUGGUGAAGAGGCUGGAGGAGAUCCUGUCCAGGCUGAGGGCAGAAGAGGCCGACAGAGACCGAAUCCCCCUGUCUGGAGACAACGACAAGAAGAGCCUGCCCAAAGGUGAAAAGCUACAGGGCAUUAAGAGGUUAAACACGCUUCUCCAGGACGACAAGAUCCCUCCCAAAUCCCCCCGCCCUCGCCGGAAUAUCUGGCUUUCCCGUAGCCAAUCGGAUAUCUUCUCCCGCAAGCCUGGUAGGAAGGUCAACGUCCACGACCCCUACUACAACCCCGCCCCUAGGGCAGGGCCGGGAGCUCGCAAGAUCAACCCUUUCAACGCCAGGGAGGACUUGAGGGGUGGCAAGGUCAAGUUCUACGACGUGCCCAGCAAGUCUGUGUUCUCCCUGAUGUUCGACCUCCACUCCCCCCAGGGCUCCGUGUUCUCCUCCCCCAACCCCACCGCCGCCCUGCCGGGGGGCUGGCAGCAGGACGCCCUCUGGCAGCAGCUGCCCGGCCGCCAGUGUCGCUCCCUCCCCGUCUCCCCGCAGCCCGACGACGCCUUCUGCCCCGCCCCUGCCGGCUGCACCCUCUCAGCCUCCGUCUCCAAGGGCGACCCGGAGCAGCCGGGAAAGGACGUCCGUCCGAAGGCGCUGAGCGUCUGGGCCAAGAAGUACACCGUCAUGGAGAUCCCCCCGUUCUGCCCCAAGAAGGAGGUGGAUCGAGGGAGGGAGGAAGGGAGGAUUGGGUCUCCCAUGACACCCAGUGAUAGGGAAGGAGAGGAGGCCAUGGACUGUUCCAGCAGUCAGGGGAGCCCAGAGAGGGGGGAGGAGGAGGACACCAGGACCCCAAACUAUACUCAGCUAGAGCGGGGCCCUCUAAUCUACCAAACUCAGGCCCACAUCCAGCCCCAGAACGGCCACACGGGAGAGGACAGGACCGGGGACAGGUUCAGGGGCGUAGGGGCUCUGCUGUGUGAAGAGAUGGAAGCAGAGGACCAGGAGGGGGACAUGUCCCAGAAGACCCCCCCGUCACCCCCUCUCAGGCCCCCCAGAGCAGAGCGUCUGAGUCCCAUCGUACUGAUCCCCUGCAUGACCCGACAGCCCUCGGAACCAGAACCCCCCUCCUCCUGUGACAUCUAGCUCAGCGGCUCACCAACAGAGGAGCAUCAUGGGAACUGUGAUCUUUUAGACCAAGAGAGAGAGACUCCUCAAACAAGAAGGACGAGUGAUCGUUGCAACCGGUGCCCUGAAAAUAAAGAGAUUAUUUUUAAUGAUAAGGUGUUUAUAUUUAAUACUUCAAAGAUGUACUGUGUGAAAAGUUGUAGAAUUCCCUCAAGGUUGUGCGUGUGUGUGCUUCAACUCCUGCCUGCAUCUUGAAGAUCCAGUCUAUGUGAUAAGUGUUUGUCUACAAUGAAAUAGUCUUACACAACAUGCUAUCUAAUGCUACUAGUUUUUGACCAGCCUUAGCAGAGAGAUGGUGGCGGUGAAGACAGGCUUGGUACCAUAGUGGGUUUAUACUUCACUAGACAGUAGGGGGGGGGGGGGGAGUCUGGACAAGGAGUGUCUGGAAUAUAUCCAAUCCUUGUUAAUAAAAGCUGUGGAAUCCAACUGAAAAAAAGCUUUGAAAGCACUUAGACCUAUUGUUAAAUGUUCCUUGUUAAUAUAAAAGCUCUCUGCUAGUGAUAUCAUUACUCAUUGAGGUACGUUUGCCUAGAAGAUGCCUAAAACAAAUGGCUUUUGCUUCCCUUUCAUGAUCACCCUGAGGUCUCUCACCUACUACUGUUCUCUUAUGUUAAGAACUUGACGUUCAAAACCCAUACUUGUUUGUUGUUGUAUAUUUUUACGUGUGUGUACUUUUUUGAAUGUGUGAGCCACCACAACCUUUUUAAUGUUCAGUGUCACCUAGUCUUAACAUAGCAGCUCCUUCAGCCUGGUGUGCAGAGCAGACUGGGAGCUGUGGAUGGAGCCAUGACCAGCCUCCAUGACUAGCCUCCAUGACCAGCCUCCAUGACUAGCCUCCAUGACCAGCCUCCAUGACCAGCCUCCAUGACUAGCCUCCAUAAUUAGCCUCCAUGACUAGCCUCCAUGACUAGCCUCCAUGACUAGCCUCCAUGACUAGCCUCCAUGACCAGCCUCCAUGACCAGCCUCCAUGACUAGCCUCCAUAAUUAGCCUCCAUGACUAGCCUCCAUGACCAGCCUCCAUGACUAGCCUCCAUGACCAGCCUCCAUGACCAGCCUCCAUGACUAGCCUCCAUGACCAGCCUCCAUGACUAGCCUCCAUGACCAGCCUCCAUGACUAGCCUCCAUGACCAGCCUCCAUGACUAGCCUCCAUGACCAGCCUCCAUGACCACCCUCCAUGACUAGCCUCCAUGACCAGCCUCCAUGACUAGCCUCCAUGACUAGCCUCCAUGACCAGCCUCCAUGACCAGCCUCCGCUCACACUCCCCUGCCUGGUUCUGGCCCCCUCCUGUUCAGGUCUGCUGGAGAGUCCAGUGUAGAACUACUUAAAUAGUCUAUUGCACUUGAAAAUGAUGUUUUUGAGUUAACCCACUCGUUUGUCACUACAUUUCUAUGCAAUAAAUGUUAAUUGUGUCUGGUCGGUUUUACGUAGAGGAUCUAUUUUGAUAUUUAUGAACAAGAAAAAAACAUUUUGAUGUCUUACUUUGUACUUUUGUCGAAAGGCAUAUGUUAUUGCUUAACUUGAACUGAAAUAUUUUUCUAAUGUAACUUUCCUUUUGCUUCGUGUUUCUCCCUAGACUGCUUGUUCAGUCCCAAGCUCUCCAAGUUAUGUUAAGUAUUCAGUGUGUGACAGAAUGUGUUCAGCCAAAGCACAGAUAACUUUGUUUUUCCUCUUCAAAUCACGUUAAAAUAUUUUUUUUUUUUUUUUACUUGAUUAUAAGAACAUGUAUGCUUCAUAAUAAAUGUUUAACUUUUGGAA